CCUCGCCAUCGACGAGACAUACGAACGAUCGUCCCCACUUCCUUCAAAUACAAUUAUAAUGGACGCACAAAGCGCCUUACAAGCACUCCACGCCCACCGCUCCCUCUCCAUCCUCACCCUUGCGCAGCCCUUCUUGAACGAAGCCCCAACAACCACAGCCAGCGCCACCAAUCGAGACUCCAACGCUUCCUCGACCGAAGCCGGGCGCGAUGGCGCGACACCCACCAUCCUUGCCGCCGAUCUAGCACACUACCAAGAGCUCUUCUCCAAACUGCGCUUCUCGUACGUGGAACAAGUGACCAAGGAAAGAUUUCUACGCGCCAUCACCGCCGAGCAGCCCGAGUUUGUAGAUGCGAGCGAAAAUGCAGAGUUGGCGGAGAAGUUGACGAGUGACAAGGCGGCGCUGAAGGAGCGGAAGACAGAGGUGCGCGAACUGGUCAAGGAGCUGGAAGCGCAAGGACGGCAGCUGGCUGCACGUUAUGAGAAUAUUCGGCUACAAACGAUUCAGUUGGAAAGCUUGCCAACCUCCAUCACGAACCUGGAAUCCACAGUUCAGCAUCUCCAGCAAUCACAGAUGCCCAAAUCCACCAAUCCCCUCCUCGCAAUGCCCCUCCAACCUACCCUCGAUCUCCUUUCUCAGCGCAAUGAUCAGCUGUCCGCUAUCGACCGGCAGAUCGAGGCUCUUCGGGAAGUCCUACCACACAAGCAGAUUGAAGUCAUGGCGCUGCAAGACGAGGUGUCCAUUCUGAAUGCGAAGAAGAUCAAAGCUGUGGAGGCGGCCAAGGAGGCGAGGAGGCGGAGAGAAAAUGGCGGGAUGGGAGACGAGCUCGAGGAGCGUGGAAGGUGGUUGAGGGGUGUCGACAGUUCGUUGCGCUCGAUGCUGGAAGUCUGA